AUGGAAGACACAGAGCCAAUGGAUGUUGAUGACUCCUCUCCCCAGGGUGCCAAAGAAGAUCCUAAUGUCUGCAGUGCCACCAACAGGUAAAAGCAUACUUUGAUUGAAACCUGCAGUAAUGUAUGUAACUCAAGACCUUUAGGCUCUAAUGAGUAAAGCAUACUACUGGGAUGGGCUUACCAGUAAUAAUUGUGUUUUUCCAAUGCAAUGUUUUGGUCUUGCUUUUCGUGGCAACCCUAAGUUCCGUCCCCUAGGAGAGGGCCAUGCAGCCAUGACACAAACAAGUCUGGUUGAGUUCUCUUGAACAGAAUUCUACAUAUGUAGAUUUACCUGGUUAAUAAAAUUGACCAUAUAAGACCCAGCCACUGGCACAUGCACAGACCAGGGAUAAUUUUUAUAACAUGAAGUCAAACCUGUAUUUAUGUUAAGGGUCUCCCUUAGCUUGAUGAAAGGUUAUCUUAGCAUUUAAGAGAUAGUAUCCAUAAAAGCGGUCCAGCUUAUGUGGCUUAAAAGAAUAGAUUUUGCUUAUUUCCUGUAUACCAAAAGACUUUCAUUUAUAAAAUAACUAAGAUAGUAUGCACGCUCUGAUUGGCUGAGAGGAGUGUUUGCAUGAGAGUAUGUAAACAUGGUUGUGACGUGAGAUGUUUUGCUUUUCGCGCGCUAAUCACACAAGCACGAAUUUGAAAAAGUUUUGGUGAUCAAAACUCGACAAGUUUACUUUAUUUACCCAUUCCUUCGUCGGUUGAAACUUGGAAAAUCUUUACAAACAAGCUGUGUCAACUUUUUUUUGCUUAAGCUGGCAUUUUAAGCCAGAAAAAUCCGUAUUUUGGAAAGCAUCUUGUUGCAAAACAAGAACUGAUUACACGUGCAAGACUUCGUGUACAAGACUUUGCGACUGGUAAGAAUUUUUCUUUUAAUCAGUGCCAUAACAAAGAGUUUUUUUUUUUUUUGAGGAAAGUUAUUUUAUAAAAGCAAUAGGAAACUUUUUUCCGGUGUUUGCCUAGCCUGAUAUAAACACUCAAGGGGUUACGAGAAUUCUUGACAGUUAUGCAAACCCUCGACUUCGUCUCGGGUUUGCAUAACUGUCUUGAAUUCUCCCAACCCCUUGAGUGUUUAUAUCAGUCUAUGCAAACAUGGAAAAUAGUUUUCUAUUGCUUAAGUUCUAACACUAAAACCACAAUCCGCUUGAUCUGAUCUUUUAAAUUUAUCGAGUUUAUCUACUUCGUGAAUCUGAACUACAUAUUAGAGUUUGAUGUGAAGUAUAUGAAAUAAUUCAUUUUUGAACUGCGGUUGUGAUGAGAGUGAAGAAUGAUCAUCGCAGUAAAUUUUCCAAUUUAAGCAAUUGGAAAGAAGAAGCCUGAAAAAAAUCAGGGCUUCAACGGGAUUCGAACCCGUGACCUCUGCGUUGCCGGUGCGUUGCUCUACCAUCUGAGCUAUGAAGCCACACAUUGGGAGCGAGGUCAAUUUAUUGAGUUCAUAUCUCCCGUGAGGAGUGAAAUGAUGUGAAGUAUAUGAAAUAAUUCAUUUUUGAACUGCAGUUGUGAUGAAAGUGAAGAAUGAUCAUCGCAGUAAAUUUUCCAAUUUAAGCAAUUGGAAAGGAGAAGCCUGAAAAAAAUCAGGGCUUCAACGGGAUUCGAACCUGUGACCUCCGCGUUGCCGGUGCGUUGCUCUACCAACUGAGCUAUUUCAUUUUUCAUUCUUCACUCUCAUCACAACCGCACUCUCAUCACAACCGCAGUUCAAAAAUGAAUUAUUUCAUAUACUUCACAUCAUUUCACUCGUCACGGGAGAUAUGAACUCAAUAAAUUGGCCUCGCUCCCAAUGUGUGGCUUCAUAGCUCAGAUGGUAGAGCAACGCACCGGCAACGCGGAGGUCACGGGUUCGAAUGCCGUUGAAGCCCUGAUUUUUUUGUUUUCAGGCUUUUUCUUUCCAAUUGCUUAAAUUGGAAAAUUUACUGCGAUGAUCAUUCUUCACUCUCAUCACAACCGCAGUUCAAAAAUGAAUUAUUUCAUAUACUUCACAUCAUUUCACUCCUCACGGGAGAUAUGAACUCAAUAAAUUGACCUCGCUCCCAAUGUGUGGCUUCAUAGCUCAGUUGGUAGAGCAACGCACGGGUAACGCGGAGGUCACGGGUUCGAAUCCCGUUGAAGCCCUGAUUUUUUUCAGGCUUCUUCUUUCCAAUUGCUUAAAUUGGAAAAUUUACUGCGAUGAUCAUUCUUCACUCUCAUAUUAGAGUUUGUAGCUCUUAUCCCAUUCAAACGACUGCGCCAUUUUUAAAGUAAAGAUGAUACUUUAGUGACCCUCUGUGUAGUUAGACUGCUUGCAGUCCGCCUUUUCUCUUAAAAUCCAUUUAGUUCUUACAUGUAUCUCAGCCAACGCGAUUGCAAACCACGACGUUACGUUACAAUAGGGACCUUUAGCAUCAGGUUUUUCAUGGGAAACGGCAAACCGCAAACCGCAAAAUGUCACGUGAUUACGGCCUUGCGGUCACGUUUGCAGUUUGCAGUGCACGUUUGAACCGCAGGAAGGGCUUCCAGCGGUAAGUGAUUUACGGCAAGGUUUUUUGCCACAAAAAAUUGUACAGCCUCGCGUUUAAGGGUAUGAACUAGCUUUUUAUAUCCAUUUGCGAUGUGUUUGUUGGAUUUUUGAUCUCGAAUCAAUGAAUUAUUGUUGAUUUUUGGGUUAUUAAAGUGAUGCACUUCGACUUGAUGAAAACAACAUGGCGGCCCUAAACAAUGAACGCGUAGUUCAAACCAAUUUUAUAUUCCUUUCUGCUGUACUAACUAAGGAAAGUAUUCUGUUCCAAUCCAGAGUUAAUUUUUUUUUUCCAUCUUGUUACUGAAUUCAUAACUUAACUCAGUCUCUGUUUCGUUCCUAUUUUAAACGUAUCACUGCGCGAAUAUCAUUUUAUUUUGCUUAUUUCUUUGAGACUUGGGAGCCCAGGCUUCAUAAAGCCUUCUGGUUUCUUCUGGGCUCCCUUGCAACCUUACAAUUCCUAUAUGUAUUCCUGUAUUGUAUUGUAUUUUGGCUAAAUAAAAAUGAACUGAACUGAACGCCUUGCUAAAGUUUGAAAUCUCGGCAACGCGAAACUGCAAACGCGUAACUGCGGUUUGCGGUUUGCGGUUUACCUGAUGCUAAAGGUCUUUAAUAAGGGAUGAGGACCAGAUGAGAAAAGACAGACUGCGGCCUCUAUUGUAGUAAAAAACCCUCCGUCAGCCCAGAAAUGGAGUAACUGAUUGGUCAAUUUUACAGCUGUUGACAGAUCAUUGACUGGUCUGUGGUGGAGAUGCAAGCGAUAAAAAUAGUCAUGCGUCACAACUAACUGCAAACAAUUACGAAACUAGUGGUAAUAUAAUAAUUGCUUGUAAACUAAAACAUUUAAGGAUAUCUUACAGAAGGAAACUGCUGUAAAUUACCUCAAGGGAAAGGAAUUCAAGGCAAUCUUACUGGAUUUAAAAAAGGAAAAUUUUUCAGUUGUUUAUGUUCUAUUUAUACAUGUAUACAUUGUAUUGACCAACAGCUUUAAAAUAAGAGGAAAAAUCGUGGUAUAAAAGUCCGUUUAUAAUAUUUAUUGCAAUGAAAGUGAGAACUCACUGUAGAAAUUUUUCGCCUGGUAAUUGCAGCACAAAAUUUCUGUCGUGAUCUAGGCCAGUGAUUUCUACAGCUUGAAUUGAGCGAUCUAAGCAUCUACUGCACUCCAACUGAUUCAAUUGUCAUUUCACUUAUGCUGUUUCACGUCUGCUUGCGAAAAAAUCAACAGUCAGUUGAUGAACAUUUAAUGUAUAGUUUGUCGAUGUUUGAAAAAGGUGGAUUUGUAUGCAGGUAAAGAAACUGAACUUAGAAAGCAGUCCAUGAUGCAGAGAAUGAUCCCAGUGAAAUGUGAACCUUGCUUGUUGUUUACGUAGAUGAAUCAUUACUCAAACAUAAAAACAUACGGUAGCUAUAUGCUCUUGUUCAAUAAUUGCUUGUAUUACACAAAAGCUGUUGGAAACUAAGCGCCUUUUUUAUAUUUUCAAGCACAAAAGCAUCUGAAGUUCAACUGAAAGAAAGUUUUGUAACAGUGUAUGAUUAAUAGCGGAGCUCCCGCGCGCUUCGCGCGCGCGUAGCGGAGCACCAUGGGUAAGAAAAUUUGGUAAACUAUCCAUCUCAGAAAAUUUGGUUAUGACGUAGCGUACGUCCGUCCGUACGGACUUUCCGGGUAGUGGAAAGUAGUCCGCAUGGACUCUUGGGGUAGGGGAAAGUAGAGAUUUUUUGGCGGGAAACCGCAUGGCGCAACGCGUUAACGUCGCGCAAUUAUAUCGCGCAACUGGUUUUGAAAAAAAGAAAGCAAGUAGAAAGAGUCAGAGCGAGAAGAAGGAGAGAAAAUUAUAGUGAAAAACGCCGGCAAGCAGAACGAGACAGAGCUAGAAUGAACAGACAAAGGCAACGCGAAAGAGAAAUACAAAGGCAAAGAGAACGGCAGCAAAAUAAUGACAUGAUGACAGAAAGUGUUGUGUUAAUGUCACUAUGGCCCCGCGCUAUUAACAUUUUGAUUUCAAACUGAUCUCGGACUCGAAAAUUCAGCCAGUAAUUUAAAAAUACAAGCAGGGAAGACAGAGGCUUUUCACUUUUCUCACCAUAGUCACGCGUUGAUCACGCUCUACGACCGUCCAAUUUUUAUGCUCUGAUUGGUCAAAAUUUGACAGGUGAGUUCAUGCAGAAACUGAUUUAUACAGCAUCUUCAACCUUGUUUACUUUCAGUUUGACAGCUGAAGCUGACAGAGUAUUUUGUCAACUUGUAAUGUUUUUUACUGUCUUUUUCCACUGGAUGCUUAAAAUGAAAUACAGCUGGUAUCAACAGUCUUCUUUGAUUCAUGGCUGGUUUGUUUAAUGAAUUUUUGGUCGGGAAAUGCGCCGGUUGCCAAAGUUGGAAAUCCGAUUUCGGAUGCAUCGCUUUCGUUUUUACCUUGCUGGAUGCGGGUUGAAAAGUCCCUCAAGCGAUUCUGGCCUUACUUUAUAGC